CCAGAAUAUGUGUGAAGCCCAGGAGGCGGAGAAUGGGGUAGGCAGACGAGGAGGAUCGGAGACGAAGGAGUGUGCAGCGUGAUAUGAAGAAGGCAAGGGGACAAAUGAGGAACGUAUGUUUCUCGAAGAUUGCCAUUUCUGUGACGGAGGUCGCCAGGAGAGUACCAGGCGAGCACAACGGACGACAAGUCUAUAGCCGCUGCGCGUCGCGGUGCGCAAGAGAGGAGCAGAAAGGCCUCCAGAGCAGGCGCUGGCCGAGGCUAGGACAGUGGAGCUGAUGCCAGCUAUCCACGGCUUGCGGCAGCUGCCAGCAACGUCGUUGAUACGAAGCAAUGCUGCCCAAUAUUGACAGAGCUUUGGGGCGACGCAUCACUGCCAAUCGGGGCGGACAGAAAGGGGGGAGGAGCCACGGAGCGACAGGAUCAGACAGGAUGCGUAUCCGACAGAAACAAUCUGCCAGCAAAAAAUUAAGCAGAAAGCAGACAAGUACAGUCCCACUGCAGAGAUGCAUCAGUGCGUUGCUCAGAAACGGCAGCAAGGCGCCUUGGACGAAUUCGGCAUGGUUACCCUCAUGACUCGGGGCUCUAAGAGGGCGGACUGGGCCGUGCAGGGCCAGGCACUGGGCCACUCAAGCAUCGGCCACACGCAAGGCUGUCGACUGCAGGCCCAGAGGGAGCACGCAUCGGCCCGCCAUCGCCCGCCGCUCGCCGCCAGGGGCCCGGCAGCCCCGCCCCGCCAGGGGGACCGCUGGGGCCUGCCACCGCUAGGGCCCAUCGCCGAGCUGUCGGCGACGCCUCGUCGACGCCGCGUCGACGGCUCUCAGCCCAUGGCGGCGGCUCCUCCGAGAGGAGGAGGAGGAGGCAGAGGAUAUCGAGGAGGAGGUCAGCAGGGGGAGCAGCAGCAGGGGGAG